AUGCUGAAGAGUUUAAGUUGUCUCAUUCACCAAAGAGUCGAAAACUUCGGCCCUCUCAUGCCCAGUCCUACUCCUAACAAUACCAAAAGUACUUCGUAUUCUACAAAACCAACUCCUUACUGUGAUCGAAUUCACAGUGCUGAUAUUUUUGCAUGGAAUCACCAUAAUGCAACUGAGCAGAGUAAGAAAGAGAUACCCACAGAACCCUUAGUGAGUUCAAGGUGGAACCCAACUCCAGAGCAGUUACAAACCCUAGAAGAGAUGUAUAGAAGUGGAAUAAGAACACACCCACGGCUGAUCAAAUCCAAGGGAAGAAUGUAUUCUACUGGUUUCAGAACCACAAAGCAAGAGAAAGGCAAAAACGACGGUUUGAAGUUGGACAGAAGAACUGAGCAACCCCUUCAAAUUGCAGUACAAUUUCAGAGGUUUCAAUACUGUUACAUUUAUCUGGACUCUGAAUCAAUACACAGAGCAGUGGUAGCUGAAAGUAGACCAGAUGGGUGGCUUAAAAUUGAGGAGAGAGAAUUGCAGCAGAAUGCAAUUACUGCAUCAAAGAAUGCAAUGCGGCAGAUGACAAACUCAAGCUCUAUGUCUAUGUCUAUGUCUAUGUCCCCCACCACCAAACUCAUCAUGAAGGACAUAACCACAACUGAACAAGAAGAUCUGGUAACAACAGACCCAAAGCUGAGAAGCACUCAAAAUCUACGCCUAUUAGAAGAUAUCACAAUGGUUGAAGAUGAUGAAACUAGAGGGUUUCAAACACGUCAGCUCUUUCCAAUGAAAAGUGAUGAUGAUUGUGGUGCCCUUAAGGGUGACAAAAAUGAUAUUGUUGAAGAACCCAUUACUGCUACCAUAGCCAUUGGAACACACUUCAAGCCAAACAAGUUUUUUGAGUUACUGUGA